ACUUAUUAAAUAGAUAUCUAUAGAGUUAUCUUCUAACAACCCUGCUUCAGUUUAACAGACAAUAUAUCAAGCAAUCAUGAGUGAAGUUGAAGAGACUAUCAAGCGCAUCCAGCAGCACAAGGGCGUCGAGGGAGUCAUCGUCUGCAGCCACGAUGGUAUCCCGAUUCGGUCUAAUUUGGAGAGUGGUCUGACCAACCACUACACCCACUUCGAGCACAGUCUGGUCGACAAGUGCAGAAGUAUGUUGAGGGAGAUCGACCCCUCCAACGACCUCACCUUCAUCCGUAUCCGCAGCAAGAAGAACGAAAUACUCAUCGCCCCAGACAAAGACUACAGUUUGGUGGUAAUUCAGAACCCAACAGCAGAAUAAACUUCAAAACCAGUUCAAAACUAGAAAUGCCUUCCAAAUCAGAAUGAAAAAAAAAGAAGAGCUAUGUUUGAUAUGAACUCAUACCAGCAUAAUCGCACUAAACUCACCUUUAUGUUAACUUAGUAAUUCUGUGGGAACAUCUCUUCGAGAAGAGUGUAAAUAUUAAAUUUGUGAUAUGUUCUCUUCGUUAUGUGAAUAAAUUUAGAAUAACAAUUUCAUUGAAA